AUGGCUGCUGGACGAUUACCGGCUUGCGUCAUUGAUAAUGGAACUGGGUAUACAAAACUUGCAAUAGCAGUACGAGAGAAGGUGGGUUCUCAGUCAUCAACACUACGCUGGAAUAUAAAUACUAGUUCACGAAUUGAAGAUCUUGACUUCUACAUUGGUGAUGAAGCGCUUUCACCGAGUGCUGCUAAUUAUGCCGUUAAAUACCCAAUUCGUCAUGGAAUUGUGGAAGAUUGGGAUUUAAUGGAACGAUUUUGGGAACAAUGUAUUUUCAAGUAUCUACGAGCUGAACCGGAAGAUCAUUAUUUUUUAUUGACUGAGCCACCUUUAAAUACACCGGAAAAUCGUGAAUAUACAGCUGAAAUUAUGUUUGAAUCGUUCAACGUGCCUGGUUUAUAUAUUGCUGUACAAGCUGUGUUAGCUCUUGCAGCUUCCUGGCAAAGUCGAGAUUUACUACACCGUUCACUGACAGGAUUGGUUGUUGACAGUGGUGAUGGUGUAACACAUUGUAUCCCUGUUGCGGAAGGUUAUGUAAUCGGUUCUUGUAUCAAACAUAUACCAAUUGCGGGGCGGGAUAUUACCUAUUUUAUACAACAGUUACUUCGCGAACGCGAAAAUACAGUGCCAUCAGAUCAAAGUUACGAAAUUGCGAAAUCGAUAAAAGAAAAGUAUUGUUAUGUUUGUCCAGACGUCUUCCGUGAAUUUAUGAAGUAUGAUACGGAUGGAGCAAAAUGGUUCAAAACAUAUGAUGGAAUAAAUAGUGUCACCAAAAAAUCAUUCACUAUUGAUGUGGGAUAUGAACGAUUUCUCGGUCCAGAAAUCUUUUUUCAUCCGGAAUUUGCUAAUCCAGAUUUCACAGCACCAAUCUCUGAGAUUGUGGAUACCGUAAUUCAGCAAUGUCCAAUUGAUGUGCGUCGUGGUCUCUAUGAGAAUAUCGUUCUGUCCGGCGGUUCGACAAUGUUCAAAGACUUCGCCCGACGUAUGCAGCGUGAUAUCAAGCGAAUUUCCAGCGCUCGCUUAGCAUUGAGCGAGGAAUUGUCAGGGGGACGGUUAACGCCGAAACCAAUCGACGUCCAGGUUAUAUCUCACAAAAUGCAGCGAUAUGCCGUAUGGUUUGGCGGUAGCACUUUGGCAGAUACGCCUGAGUUCUACGAAGUGGCACAUACAAAAGCGGAAUACAUGGAGAAGGGACCAAGCAUCUGUCGUCACAAUCCAGUAUUCGGUGCACUUACCUGA